UUUCCUUACACUUCUCUCUCUUCUGGAAUAUUUUACUUUCCACUGUUUGCUUUUCUUUGUCUUCUAUCUCUAUCUCUAUCUCUGUGUGUGUACACACAUAUCUGUUUCUUUAUCCCUUUUCUUUGCAUCUCCGGCUCCGCUGGGAUAAAGCUGCUUUGGUGUCUUUGAUCUUCCAAAAAACCCUAAAAUCUUCUACUUUCCCCCCCCACCUGAUUAUGGGUCUCUUUGGUGUCGGUGAAUGCUUGACUGUGUCUUGAUCCUAUGCAAAAGAGGGUCCUCUCUGUGUUAAUCUGAGGAUCAGUCAAAUGAUCUAGUUCUGAGUUGUAGAUCUGGUAAUAUUGAAGUGGAUUUUUGCUCAAGCGGAUUCACUGACGGCGAAGUUAGAAUGUCAUCUCUCAGCAGAGAGCUUGUGUUCUUGAUCUUACAGUUCCUAGAUGAGGAAAAGUUCAAAGAGACUGUUCACAAGCUUGAACAAGAAUCUGGGUUUUUCUUCAACAUGAAGUAUUUUGAGGAUGAGGUGCAUAAUGGGAACUGGGACGAGGUUGAGAGGUACCUCUCUGGUUUCACAAAAGUGGAUGAUAAUCGCUACUCGAUGAAGAUAUUUUUUGAGAUAAGGAAGCAGAAGUAUCUUGAGGCAUUGGAUAAGCUGGAUAGGUCCAAGGCUGUGGAUAUCCUUGUGAAGGAUCUUAAAGUUUUUGCAUCAUUUAAUGAAGAGCUCUUUAAGGAGAUAACUCAACUCCUGACACUAGAGAAUUUCAGGGAAAAUGAACAACUCUCCAAGUAUGGUGACACAAAAUCUGCAAGAGUGAUUAUGUUGGUUGAGCUCAAGAAGCUCAUUGAAGCAAACCCCUUGUUCCGCGAUAAAUUGCAAUUUCCUAACCUCAAAAGUUCAAGGUUACGGACGCUCAUUAACCAAAGCUUAAAUUGGCAACAUCAACUUUGCAAAAAUCCAAGGCCAAAUCCAGAUAUAAAAACGCUUUUUAUCGAUCAUUCAUGUGGACAGCCAAAUGGUGCCCGUGCUCCAUCACCAGCAAACAAUCCACUGCUAGGAUCCUUACCGAAGGCUGGAGGCUUCCCUCCCUUGGGUGCACAUGGGCCCUUCCAACCUACACCGGCGCCAGUUCCAGCUUCACUUGCUGGUUGGAUGUCAAAUCCACCAGCAGUAACUCAUCCAGCAGUUUCUGGUGGAGGUAUUGGUCUUGGUGGUCCGCCUAUUCCUGCUACUUUGAAGCAUCCAAGGACUCCACCAACUAAUCCUUCCAUGGAUUAUCCAUCUGGGGAUUUAGAGCAUGCAUCCAAAAGAAGGGCCAUGGGCAUAUCAGAUGAGGUAAAUCUCCCUGUUAAUGUGUUACCUGCAGCAUUUCCUAGUCAUGGCCAUAGUCAAGCUUUUAGUGCCCCAGAUGACCUGCCAAAGAAUGUUGCAAGAACUUUGAAUCAGGGGUCAUCUCCUAUGAGCAUGGAUUUUCAUCCCAUCCAACAGACUCUACUUUUAGUUGGAACCAAUGUGGGGGACAUCACACUAUGGGAAGUUGGUUCUAGGGAGAGAUUGGUUUUAAGGAACUUCAAACUUUGGAAUCUUGGUUCAUGUUCAAUGUCUCUGCAGUCUUCUCUACUCAAAGAUCCUGGAGUAUCUGCCAACCGCAUUAUAUGGAGUCCUGAUGGUUCUUUAUUUGGAGUUGCAUUUUCAAGGCAAAUUGUACAAAUAUAUUCUUAUCAUGGAGGCAAUGAUGUCCGGCAACAUUUGCAGAUUGAUGCUCAUGAUGGAGGUGUAAAUGAUUUAGCAUUCUCUCACCCCAAUAAGCAACUUUGCGUGAUAACUUGUGGUGAUGAUAAGACCAUCAAGGUUUGGGAUGCUGUCACUGGUACAAAACAGUAUACUUUUGAAGGUCAUGAGGCUCCUGUAUAUUCUGUUUGCCCUCACUUCAAGGAAAACAUUCAUUUUGUUUUCUCAACAGCCCUAGAUGGGAAGAUAAAAGCUUGGCUUUAUGACAAUUUGGGAUCUAGAGUUGACUAUGAUGCUCCUGGUCGCUAUUGUACAACAAUGGCUUAUAGUGCUGAUGGAACAAGGCUAUUUUCAUGUGGUACCAGCAAAGAGGGGGAAUCACAUAUUGUUGAAUGGAAUGAAAGUGAAGGUGCUGUUAAGAGGACCUAUCAAGGGUUCCGAAAACGAUCUUUGGGUGUUGUACAAUUUGAUACAACUAAAAACCGAUAUUUAGCAGCUGGCGAUGACUUCUCCAUAAAGUUCUGGGAUAUGGACAAUGUCCAACUUUUGACAAGUAUUGAUGCUGAAAAUCUUCCACCACUCCCACGAAUCCGCUUCAACAAGGAUGGAACUCUCUUGGCUGUUUCUGCUAAUGAAAAUGGGAUAAAGAUAUUAGCAAAUUCUGAUGGUCUUCGCUUGCUGCGUGGAUUUGAAAAUAUUUCUCAUGAUGCUUCGAGAGCAUCUGACACUGUGACCAAGCCUACAAUAAAUGCAAUAUCUGCUGCUGCUUCUACUGCUACUGCUAGUGCUGGACUUGCAGAUAGAGUUGCUUCUGUUGUCACUAUCCCUGGAAUGUUAUAUCAGAAUGGGGAUGCUAGAGGUUUUGGGGAUGUGAAACCCAGAAUUACUGAAGAAACCAAUGACAAAUCAAAGAUCUGGAAGCUAACUGAAAUUAGUGAUCUGUCCCAGUGCCGUUCAUUGAAGCUCCCUGAAAACCUGAGAGUAACAAAGAUAUCAAGGUUGAUCUAUACAAAUGCAGGCAAUGCUAUCCUGGCACUAGCAUCGAAUGCCAUUCAUCUGCUUUGGAAAUGGCCGCGAAAUGAACGCAAUUCAAGUAGCAAGGCAACAGCCAGUGUAUCACCUCAACUAUGGCAACCAUCUAGUGGCAUUUUGAUGACCAAUGAUGUUGCUGACUCUAACCCUGAGGAUGGUGUACCCUGUUUUGCUUUAUCCAAGAAUGAUUCUUAUGUGAUGUCUGCAUCAGGAGGGAAGAUCUCUCUCUUCAAUAUGAUGACAUUUAAGACAAUGACUACUUUCAUGCCUCCACCACCUGCGGCAACAUUUCUUGCAUUCCAUCCUCAAGAUAAUAAUAUAAUUGCUAUUGGUAUGGAUGAUUCAACAAUCCAGAUAUACAAUGUCCGUGUGGACGAGGUCAAAAGCAAGCUUAAAGGUCACUCUAAAAGAAUUACUGGGCUGGCCUUCUCUCAUGUGCUUAAUGUGCUUGUUUCAUCAGGAGCAGAUGCCCAGCUUUGUGUUUGGAACUCUGAUGGAUGGGAAAAGCAGAAAACCAGAUUCCUGCCGAUUCCAGCUGGGAGGACACCAACGGCACAAUCAGACACUCGUGUACAGUUUCACCAGGACCAGACGCAUUUCCUUGUUGUACAUGAGACACAACUUGCUAUCUAUGAAGCAACAAAAUUAGAAUGUGUCAAGCAGUGGGUCCCCGGGGAAUCUGCUGCUCCAAUCUCUCAUGCAACAUUCUCGUGCGAUAGCCAGCUGGUAUAUGCCAGCUUCUUAGAUGCAACUGUGUGUGUAUUUACGGCCGCCAAUCUCAGACUCCGAUGUCGCAUAAGCCCUGCAGCUUAUCUUUCACCCAGUCUCUGCAACUCGAAUGUCCAUCCGCUAGUGAUUGCAGCACAUCCACAGGAAGCAAAUCAGUUUGCAUUGGGUCUAUCAGAUGGUGGAGUUCACGUCUUCGAGCCUCUUGAAUCCGAAGGAAAAUGGGGAGUGCCUCCACCAGUUGAGAAUGGGUCAGCAAGCAGUAUGCCGGCUACACCUUCAGUCGGAGCCUCAGGUUCCACCGAUCAACCUCAAAGAUGAUCAAGGGCCAGUUGGCCGCCUGCCAAGCAGUUCUUGAUUUUACAUGCUUCACUUGCCGCCAUGUUCCAAAGUAUGGAUGGGUAUGCUUCUCAUUUGACUAACUGCACUACUACUUUUGUGAAAAGAAAAGAAAAGGAAUUGGAAAAAGAAGCUUGCAGCAGACUAAGAAAUGUUAAAGGUUGGUGUCAAGUACAAAAGCAUGUUGCAAUGUUGCAAUCAGCCCUGUAGAAAAGCCCAUUCUGAUCAGCUCCUCCUGUUUCUGUUUCUGAUGUUCUUUGCCCCUGCAGUUCCUGAGUUCAUAAUGUGUAAUUUACAUCAUGAUCUGGGAUGCAGACAUGUAGAUGUAACAUGUUGAUCAGGUGCCAUGUAAGCUAAAUCUUUUAGGCAUAUUAGCAGCUUUCUUGCAGAAAUGAAUUUCUUCUCUAGCAAAUUUGUUUGUUUUUCCGAGGGUUCUGCGAACUGGGCGACCAAAGAGUCUUAGUUCGGUUAAUGGUAAAAACGCCGGCUGAGAUGGGCCGGCAGACACUUUACAAACUUAUUGUUCAAAUCGUUGCAUUAGAAGUUCGAAUUAUAAGAACAAACUUUAUAUAUUU